GAGGUCCCCACCAACCAUGUCUUCCCUCCCCUCUCAGCUCAGGGGAACCCAGUCUUAUACGAAUCCACCACCGAGUAAUCAUUCUUUGGCGAUUCACUAUGAUGUGUCGUUCCUUAGCGACUCCCAGCCGGCGGCAUGUGGUGUUGUGGUUGUUAACCACGAUGGACAAGUGUGUGAUGGGCGAGCUGAGGAUCUCCUUUGUUCCACCCCGAUUGAAGCAGAAACUAAGGCCCUUCUUGAAGGAGUGAAAUUAGCUCAAGAAUAUGGAUCCGAGUGUACGGUCCAAUUCGACUGUCAGGUGCUGGUUAAAGCUUUGAAUCAUGAUCAUUCUUGAUGGCCAUGGAUUGGUUCGAUUGUUUCUAUCCUCAGGACAACCCUUCUCAUUAGAAUCAAAGAAGUGCUCAGGGCACUUAAUGUCAGAGCAGAUUGGGUUGCAAGAUCAAAAGCGAGAGCAUUGCUUAUGAUUGGAUUAAUAUUCUUGACCUCAUUUCUCAUUUUCUUUAGAAUUGUAAUCGGGUUUCUCGUCUUUCAUUUGUUUGGUGGAAUCAAAGUUGGGAAUCAUUGUAAAAAAAAGGAUAAGAGUAGUGAAAUCUUUAUCGGUAUUGACCCUAAAGCAAUCGAUUGUACUCAAAUUUCAAUGAAUAAAACUCUAACAA